AUGUCUUCCUUUCCCUUCACUAUCCAAGAACAUACAAUCGAGGCUUCACAUAUACGUGAAUACGCUCGUGCAACAUCACACUCUCAAGAUGAGAAGCUAUAUCUUCAUAUCAAGCAAUACACGCCCAAAGAUAACACAUCUCCACAAAAGGGCGAUGUCACAAUCAUUGGUGGACACGCCAAUGGCUUCCCAAAGGAACUAUAUGAGCCUCUUUGGGAAGAGUUCUACCAUGAAUCUAAACGCCGAAACAUCCGCAUCCGAAGUAUAUGGAUAGCCGAUACAGCAUGGCAAGGCCAAAGCGGUCUCAUCAACCAAGACGCACUCGGCAAUGAUCCAAGCUGGCUUGACUAUGCUCGUGAUAUUCUUCACAUGAUCAACACCUUCCGUCCACCGCCACCAAUAAUGGCAAUGGGUCAUUCCUUCGGCGCAAAUGCUCUCACAAAUGUUGCUCUUCUUCAUCCUCGUGUCUUCACAUCUCUCGUCCUUCUUGACCCUGUCAUCUCCCACUUUGCUUCCACGCCUGGCGCCUCGAGCGCAGGCCCCGCAGCAGCAAGUAUGGUUCGUCGCGAAGUCUGGCCCUCGCGCGCCGAAGCAGCAGCAUCUUUUGGUCGCAGCGCCUUCUACAAAGCGUGGGAUCCUCGUGUGUUGCAGCGCUGGAUAGAUUUUGGCAUCAGAAAUAUACCAGGCCAAGACAGUGUAACUCUGACCACGACAAAGCACCAAGAGAUUUUCACUUUUCUCCGUCCCAGCUGGCCAGCAUAUGACCCUCAAGGCAAGCAUGUUAUUCAUCCUGAGCAUACCCCCGAUCUAGAUACAAGCCUCAACCGACGUUGGUCAACAUACCCUGUCUACCGUCCCGAGGGCCCCAACACUGUUGCUCGCCUUUCCAACGUUAGACCCAGCGUUCUAUACGUAUUCGGCGGUAAGAGUAAUGUUUCCCCCCUGGAGCUUCAGGACGAGAAGAUGACUAUCACGGGAACCGGGGUAGGUGGUAGCGGCGGUGAGGCACAGGGUCGGGUCAAGAAGGUUGUCGGAGAGAACAACGGCCACUUGGUCCCCAUGGAGGAUCCCCGCAUGUGUGCCAGUGCUGCGGCCGACUGGAUUAAAGCUGAGCUUGAGCGGUGGUGGGUAAAUGAGCGUAGCUACGAGGAAUGGUCGAGCAAGUCCAAGGAGGAGAAGACAACCGUCUCAGACGAGUUCCAAAAGUACAUAGGUAAACCUGCACCUCGCCCAGGCAAGGGCACAAACGCAAAAUUAUAG